AUGGAACUGAAAGUGCCGGUGUUAAUUUCGUUGGUUGGGGAAAAGGCAUAUGAACUAAUGGUGAAUUUGUGCAGCCCGACUAAACCGAAGGAUAAAGUGUACAAAGACUUAGUUAAAACAAUGGAAUCUGCGGAGCGGGAUGCGCUGACCGUAGAGGAGGGGGCGGUAGUGAGUACACGUGGCCGACGUGGCGCGCUCGGCAGCGGUGACCGCCACGACCUUGACGACGUCCAUUACUUAUCGAAUGCAACUAACCGAAUGCGAUUGAGCGAGUGUUCUGCGUGCGGUGACUCACGCCAUCGUUGGCAGGAAUGCCGCUAUAAAUCGUUCGAGUGUAGCAAGUGUCGGAAACGGGGACACCUGAGGAGAAUGUGCCCGGAAAGCUUAGGCAGCGAGCCGGUGAAUAGUGGGGCAGGCGGAGCUUGGAAACGCGGAAGGAACAAAGUGAGUCGGGGCGGCGCAUACAGACGUGGCGGGGACACACGGAACUGUUCGGGAUCGGAGGCACAUCACAUGUACCACGAGGAAGAAAACAGGAUGCAGAAUAUCAGGAUGACGGAAAUAGAGGCGGAAGCGGGAACCUGUGAAGACGAGGAACCAGUAUACCAAAUGGGUCUACGGGAUUAUAAACCGAUU